AUGAUUGAAUUGGAGCGAAACACUUUCGGGUUAUAUACUUAUUAUCCCUUCGAUGAGGAGUGUCAUCGACAUCACAUGCGUAUUGUGCGGAUUAACACUUACUCUAAUGGAAAUCUACAGUAUGAUCAUCUCUUUCCGCCGCCCGUGCGGAAUUUUCAUGGUUGCACAUUAAAUUUAUGUUUGCGUGUGGCUCACCCGGUGGUGCUGGACUUUCGUGGGAAUCGUAAUGAUCCGAAAGACUUACAGGGCUUCGACCGAUUGUUUGGCAUUGAGGCUGAUAUCUUUAGGAAUUUGGCAAAGGCAAUGAAUUUUCGGGUUGACAUUUCCAUACCUGAAGAGAUCAGCACAAUUGGUGGACAUAAUGACUCGACGGGUUGCUUUGCAGAGUUGGCUUCCGGCAGGUCAGACGUCGCUAUUGGUAGUUUGACCAUAUCCUAUGGCUUACGUGAUGUCUUUAGCUACUCAAUUUCCUACCAUCAGAGUCCGUUUGUAUUCAUCGUGCGCCGAGGUUUGCAUUUUGGACCCAUGAAGCAAUUGGCGCAAGCUUUUUGCGGAAGCGUUUGGUUGGCAAUUGGCGUUUGUUGUGUUGGCGGCAUGAUUUUCAUACGGCUAGUAAUACGUCACGCAAAUCCGAGUACCUGUGAGAAAUUAAUCGGCAAUCCCAGACGCAGUGAUUGCACCAGUUUGAUUAUUACAAUGAUGGGAAAUCCCCUGCAAGUUCUACCGCGUCGUAACUCCGCACGUCUCUUACUUAUGGCAUGGCUUCUAGCUACGCUGGUGUUACGUAGCGCUUAUCAAUCAAAAUUAUUCGACACUUUGCGCACCUCACAGCGCAUGCCUGUGCCGAACUCUAUCGCCGGAUUGGUAGAAAACAAAUACAUUCUGCUCGCCGACAGAUAUGUUAAUUUUUAUCCGGAGAAUAUGACUUUGAUUGUUUUAAAUGUUGCCGAACGCUAUCGGUUUGUACAAAAUAGUGAGUCUAUACGCUUCGCAACUUUUUCGAUGUUGGACACCUUGACGUGGCACAAUCAACUAAAUUGGAAUACCAGCCGCUUGACGUAUAUCCCUGAGCCGAUCUAUCUUAUGCAAGUCUCAAUGUUUUUUAAAAAACACUCAAUACUCCGUUCGAUUUUCAAUUACCGUAUUCAACAGUUGAUGGGCGCUGGUAUUACGUCACACAUUGCCCAGAAGCAUGUUGUGAAAAAGUUUCAAGGAAUGAAUGAGCGGCUGCAACGCCUGCCGGCCAUAAGCAGCAACAUGUUGAGCGGCCUAUACCUGCUGUAUGCCUUUCUUAUGGCUGUAGCCUGCUUGUUGUUUGCCUUGGAGUUACUUGCGCACAGAAAUCUGCGGGUUAAACGGCUCAUAGACUGGAUGCAUCUCGUGGAGAGAGCGUAAAGUUGGCCGGCGAAUUCAGUGUGGUUGCAAAUACUAAGGCAACUCAAGUCGAGCGUAGGAUAUACAUUCAGUUCAUAAUCUCUUCACGUCUUUUUGAUCUCUAUGUUCUUAAUACUCCUGUUGCAAACAGUUCCAUGCUCCAAAUGA